AUGUUCCCAUUUGGAUUUUACGACGAUUUCGACCCAUUCUUCACCAGACCAAGAAAGUACACCAGCAGAAUUCCUGAAGGAUACAACCCAAGAAGAAUCACUGGAAGUGGUGAUUCUUCGGCCUUGACACAAACUGACAGAAGCGCAUUAGCUGGUCGUGAUUUCUUUGAUGAUUUCUGGAAGAAUUAUAAUGUCGGGAAAUACUUCAUUGGAUUUGAUGAAGAUAUGAAGACUGAAGAAAAACCAGAUAAAUAUGUGGUUAGUUAUGCUCAAAAGAAUAUUAAUCCUGAAGAUGUCAAGGUUGAUUUCCAUAAGAAGGAAAAUGAAUUGGUUAUUUCCAUGAAACAUGAAGAGAAGGAUGAGCAUGGAUCUAGUUCAAAGACUUUUACAAGUACUAUGAAGUUUGAUAAGCCAAUUAAGUUUGACGCUAUUGUUGCCGACAUUACUGAUGAAGGUAUUACUUUGGAAUUACCAAAAGUUGAACCUGAUAAGGAAGAAAAGAAUGAGAAUGUUGUUAGUGUUGAUGUGAAGAGAAAGGAAAAAUUAUAA